GACGACAUAAGGCGCGAGCAGAACGCAGGCGCCAAAAGGCUGCUGGGGACCCGAGCAAAGUCGCGCGCCAGCUGCGGCAAGGCGUCAGAGUGGGGUCCGGACCUCGGAUCGUCGAGUGCGUGUGGGCGUGUGGGCGUGUUUCUCCCGCCGCGGUUCCUCCGUCCUCAAGAGCGUGGUCACUUCAAGACACCGGUCACUGUGCGAGAGCGAGCAUUGGUCAUGCGCAAGCUCGAGGGUCUUUCUGACCAAUGAGAAUACCUCUUGUUUCUCUCCGCGAUUCCUAUUGGUCUAUCCGCUUGAAGUAAAGGCAUUUAAAUGGCGUGAUGGACUUUGCGCGGUUCUAGUAUUAUUUGUUUCCCAAAAAAAAAACUUCUUGACGUAAAAUUUUCAACGAGGGAAGUAUAAAUUGAGAACCAUCAGUAUAGAUGAGUCAUAGAAUUGUCUAUAAUCAUAUAGAAGUUUACUAACAAAGAAUAAUGGAAUCGACCUUAAUAGCAUGUUGCUUUUGGGUGCUUUUAACCGUCUCAGGAGCGGUGAAGAACGACCUGCGGUGUUACCAGUGCAACGUGAGUGACAACAUGGCCUGCACAGAAGAGUACCUCAUGCAGUGUCCGGACAAACAGGCGUACGACAGGUGCGAGACGAGGGUCAGGAAGGCAGCGAAUGGCGAAAGAUGGAUACAGAAAGGAUGUGCUUUAUCCCCCUGCAAUCUCGGCACGUUAGAAGAGCUCUCCUUAGGAAUCCACUGCGACUACUCAGCCCCGAAUUACGACUGCGUUACGUGUUGCAAGGAAGACGGUUGCAACACGGGGUGCGCCGCUGGUCUUCUGCAUCCGGGACACACAAUGGCGACACUUCUUUCGGUUGUUUUGACGGCGACUUUAGGUUUUCACUUGUUCGAGUGGGUGUAAUGACAGCGGGGUAGUUGUGAAUGGUCGUCGAAAAGAAGAAAAAAAAAGUUGAUUUGUGUUUUACGAUUAGGAAAGGUAUUUUUCACUUGGAGGGAGGCGUAGGGGGGGGGGAAUUAUAAACACGCCUAUAUUUUAUUCUUUCUUUUUUCUUUGGGCAAACUAAGGAAACGGACUGUGGAGAUUAGAAAGUAGUAGAAGAA